CGCGGGUGCGGGCGGAGGGACGGGUCGGCUCCGCGCAGCGGAAAAAAAAUAACUAAAAAAAUAAAUCCCAAACUUGCUCAGUUUGUGCCCUAGGAACUCUCUGCUGCAGGAUGAAUUAGGAAAGGAAGGACUCUUUCUCUGAACCAUGGACGCAAGAGCAUCUUUCAUCACUACCAUGCAAGAGAGCCAGCAUCUAUCCCCAGAGAAGGGGCAGGGACUGGCCAAUGGUGAUGGGGAGCAAUUUGAUUCAGAUGAGGGCUCCAGCAUUGAGGAUGCAGACUUCAACUGGGAUGAGUUCCUGGAGGAAACAGGAGCCAGUGCUGCUCCCCACACCUCCUUCAAACAUGUUGAAAUCAGCCUCCAAAGCAGUUUUCAGCCAGGGAUGAAAUUGGAAGUGGCCAACAAGAGUAAUCCAGACACAUACUGGGUGGCUACAAUCAUCACAACCUGCGGACAACUCUUACUGCUUCGUUACUGUGGCUAUGGGGAUGACCGGAGGGCAGAUUUUUGGUGUGAUGUAAUGACAGCAGACCUUCACCCUGUUGGCUGGUGUACGCAGAACAACAAGGUCCUGAUGCCUCCAGAUGCAAUCAAAGAGAAAUAUGUGGACUGGACAGAGUUUCUUAUCCAUGAUCUGACUGGCGCCCGGACUGCACCUGCAAAUUUACUGGAAGGCCCUCUGCGAGGAAAAAACCCUGUAGACCUCAUUACAGUUGAUUCCUUAAUAGAGCUGCAGGAUUCCCAGAAUCCCUUUCAGUACUGGAUAGUUAGUGUGGUUGAAAAUGUUGGAGGAAGAUUACGCCUUCGCUAUGUGGGAUUGGAGGAGACUGAAUCCUAUGACCAGUGGUUGUUUUACUUGGAUUGCAGACUUCGACCAGUCGGUUGGUGUCAAGAGAAUAAAUACAGAAUGGACCCACCUGCAGAUAUCUAUUCUCUGAAGACGAUAUCUGAGUGGAAAUGCGCCCUGGAAAAAUCCCUAAAUGAUGCAGCAAAUUUUCCUCUUCCAAUGGAAGUAUUCAAGGACCAUGCUGAUUUGAGAAACCACUUUUUCACUGUGGGGAUGAAGCUGGAGGCGGUGAAUAUGAGGGAACCGUUUCAUAUCUGUCCUGCAUCAGUGACUAAGGUUUUUAACAAUCAUUAUUUGCAAGUGACCAUUGAUGACUUGAGAUCUGAACCCAGCAAAAUCUCAAUGCUUUGCCAUGCGGAUUCCUUAGGGAUCUUGCCAAUACAGUGGUGCCUUAAAAAUGGAGUCAAUCUCACACCGCCCAAGGGUUACUCUGGCCAGGACUUUGACUGGGCAGAUUACCAGAAGCAAUGUGGAGCGGAGGCAGCACCUCACCUGUGCUUUAGAAACACAUCCUUCAGUCGUGGUUUUACGAAGAACAUGAAGCUGGAGGCAGUGAACCCUAGGAACCCUGCAGAGAUAUGUGUUGCUUCUAUCACUUCAGUUAAAGGACGGUUAAUGUGGCUUCACCUUGAAGGUUUACAGAUGCCCUCUCCAGAGUACAUAGUUGAUGUGGAGUCUAUGGACAUUUUCCCAGUUGGUUGGUGUGAAGCAAAUGCUUAUAACCUUACUCCACCACACAAAGCUGUUUUGAGAAGGAAAAGAAGAAUUGCUGUUGUGCAACCAGAAAAGAAGUUACCAUCCUCAGUGCCUGUUGAGAAAAUACCUCAUGACCUCUGCCCAGUUCCUCAGCCAGACACAACAGGCACCAUCAAUGGGAGAUACUGCUGCCCCCAGCUCUACAUCAACCACCGCUGCUUCUCAGGUCCAUAUUUAAACAAAGGCAGAAUAGCAGAGCUACCUCAGUCUGUCGGGCCUGGCAAGUGCGUGCUGGUCCUUAAAGAGGUUCUGAGCAUGGUGAUCAAUGCAGCUUACAAGCCAGGGAGCGUUUUACGAGAACUGCAGCUGGUGGAAGAUCCUCAGUGGAAUUUCCAAGAAGAAACGCUCAAAGCAAAAUACAGAGGGAAGACAUACAGGGCGACUGUUAAGAUUGUGCGAACGUCGGAUCAGGUAGCAGAUUUCUGCAGAAGAGUCUGUGCAAAGUUGGAGUGCUGUCCCAAUUUGUUCAGUCCUGUGCUGGUGGCUGAAGUCUGCCCAGAGAACUGCUCCAUUCAUACUAAAACCAAGUACACUUAUUAUUAUGGAAAGAGGAAAAAAAUCAUUAAGCCACCAAUUGGGGAAAAUAAUAACAUGAAAAGUGGGCACGUCAAGCCCACCAGACGCAGAAAAAGGCGGAAAUCCAUCUUUGUGCAGAAGAAAAGAAGGUCAUCAGCUGUUGAUCUGAAUGCUGCAGGCUCUGCAGAGGAGAGUGAAGAAGACGAGCCGGAUGCAGUUGAGGAUGAGACGGGAAGCGAGGAGACGAGCUCAGAGCUCCGUGAUGAUCAAACAGAUACCUCCUCUGCUGAGGUCCCUUCUGCAAGGCCCCGCAGAGCAGUUACCUUGCGCAGCAGCACUGAGUCGGACAGACCUCCUCCUAUGGAGAGGGCCCGGCGGAGCCGCCGGCCACAAGCCGUGUCUUGCAGUGAGGUGGAGAAGUCACCACAGCUCAAGGAAGAAAUUAAGCACGAAGAAGAAGAGAAGCUCAUCCUGGACAGUAAUCCCUUGGAGUGGACUGUGACUGAUGUUGUGAGGUUUAUUAAACUGACUGACUGUGCACCCCUUGCCAAAAUAUUUCAGGAGCAGGACAUUGAUGGCCAAGCCCUUCUGUUGCUGACGCUGCCCACGGUGCAAGAAUGCAUGGAGCUGAAGCUUGGUCCAGCCAUCAAACUGUGCCACCAGAUCGAGCGAGUAAAAGUCGCGUUCUAUGCACAAUAUGCCAACUGACUGCACUUCUCUCUUUCUUUCUGUUCACCUUCUCAUUCCCUCUAUUUUUUAACAUCACAACUUGUUCACGUUUUUUUUUCCUCUUCCUCUUUUCUUAAAAAAAAAAAAAAAAAAAAUUCCUGGAAUUUGGAAGCGCUGAGAAUUAAUCUGUAGGGGGAAAAAUAACACAACAAAAAAUCUAGCAACAAAUUGAACUAACUGUUGUAAAGCACAGCGUUGGUAUCUCUCCUCAUGAGCUUUGCCAGCAUGGAUCAGAUGGAUUGUCGUCCUUUAAAGCAAAGCUACCUAUGGCAGAUACGUUUCCACGGUGAAUAGUCGGACAUUUUCAGUAAUGAUGGUUUGUCUUCGUCAAUUUCUGGACAUGAACAGUCCUUUUAGUCAACUCUGACACACUUCUUUCAUAUUGAAAUGGAAGUGAGAAUUUGUAACGUUACCUGGGCUUUACUGCAAAUUUGAUCUUAGUGAUCAUUAGGCUUUCUUUCACCUCCUCCCCAGUCAUACAAAAGGAAGAAGUGUUAUACCAGUCAUAUGCUGUUUGCUGUUGAGUGAGUUAUAAAGCAGGACUCAACCCACUGUCUUUGAAUGGUAUCACACAAAGCUGCAGCCAGUUGACAGACCUUAGGCAUAAUAAUGUUUUCUGAGCAAUGGUGGCCACAGUGAGCUGAAUGUCUCACUGAUGGGAUCUGUGCAGUACUGCAUUCAUGUGAAGGACCAUACAUGAAAACCUCCAAAGUCAAGCCUAUCCAGUUAUAUUUGGGUCACUGAACAUAGGCCAGACUUUGCAACUCAAGGGGUGAAAAAAAUAGGGGGAGGGGAGUCCAGAUUUAAUGGCAAGACUGUUCAGCACAUGCUGAUUUAACUUGCACCUUUGUCAGUCUGGUUACUAGGUGGGAAUAAAAACCAUCAAUAUUUUCAGGCUGUGUACACAGUGGUGCUUUAGUCCAACUGACACAUCCAACCCAGUGCAUCUUCUGUCAGUAAUCUGUAUAAAGCCCCAACUGUGUCCCAGUGGCAGACUGGCCAGUGAAACUGGGGCCUUGCUUCGUGCCAAGUAGGGUGAGCACCACAGGGAGUGAAGAAGCGGGACAGACAUCUUGGGCUUGCCUCAAUUGUGCAUACAAGAUGAGUAUUUUCUACUUACUUUACAGGGAUAUAUGGCCCUGUGAGUGCCACAUGUUGACCUCAGCAGUGGUUGGUGGCAUCACAUUGGUGUAAAAUUCUCUUGAAAGCAAGAACCAAACUGGUUCUUCAGACCAAGUCUGAAUUUUGCUCUGACUUUAGGUGCAGGUGAAUUCUUCCCUCAAAAAGUGAAUGGGGUAGUUUGGGCUGAUUUCAUCAGAAACCACUGACUUCAGUAGACUUUUUUUCUACAAACUGGAAACAGACCCCAGUUCCCUGUUCUCAGGGAACACAGCCUAGAAAUAUAGUACAGUCACAUGACAGUGUUGUGAUGCCAAAGCCUGCUCAACUAAGACCUCUUCAAAAAUAAAUGUCAUUUCUAACUCUGAAUCUGAAGAGAUUUCUUAGGGCCAAUAACCCCAUCUCAAACAGUUAACAUAUGGUGACAACAGACUUGGAUCACAUGGUCCUGCAGGCCUCAGUGCGCUCAGGAGAACCUACUGACCAACAUCAGGCUAUAGCUGGUGCUUUCUCCUUCAUCAGUUUCCUCCUUAAAAUCUUUGGUUUAGAGGUGGAAAGCCUCAGAAAUAGAGAUUCUGAAUUAUGUCCAGAUUUGGUCUGGGGCAUGGAUUAGGUAAGAAGUAUGGCCAUGCAUUGUGAAGACAUUCUAGUCCAUCUUUAAAGGGGAUUCCUGAUUUGCCAUUGGGGAGUGUGAUGUGUGCAAGCUGGGCCAAUUCCUGCCAGCUCAUGAGACUUCACAGAAAAUUUUCUUCUACUGAAGAUCUUGUUCAAGUUUUAAUCAAAUGAAGGAGCACAUAGUCAUUGCUGUGCCAAAAUGCUUCCUUUUGUUUCUAAGAAAUCUAGGAAUAGGGUUCCACAGUAUUGCAGACAUUCAAAAACUUGGCUUCAGACUGGAUUUCCUUCUGAGAGUAGCACUGAACUCUGUCCAUGCAAUUAGUUUGAUGACUACUUUGGAUUCCUCUAAAUAUGCCCUAAAAACAUCGUACCGCUUUUCAUCUCUGAAGACAAAAGGAUUCCACCCAGCAAGAAGAGAGUAGAAUCAUAGCAUCGUUAAGGUUGGAAAAGACCUCCAAGGUCAUCUAGUCCAACCAUUCAGCUACCCCAAUAUUCCCCACUAAACCAUGUCCCUAAGUACUGCAUCCAUACAUUUCUUGAACACCUCCAUGGUGGGUGACUGCCUGACCUGCCUGAGUAACCUGUUCCAGAGCCCAACCAGUCAUUUGAAGAAGAAAUUCUUCCUAAUAUCCAACCUGAAUGCUUCUCCCAGCUCCACACUGCUUCAGCCCAGUCACAUAUCUGCCAGCAGAGGAUAGACCCCAAAAGUUCAGUGUCACAACAACCAGCAUGUAAGGAUGUUUCAAAGAAAGAGAGUGACUGUUCACAAAACAGCAUCCUAGCACCAGUCCUUUACUUACUGUGUCCACCUUCUGAGCAUCCUUUGUUGCUGUAACAUUCCUUGGACUUUGUGGUUGCAGGGAGUUGUUGAAGACAUUUAAUUCUUGUGGGGAUACAUUAAAAAAAAAUCAGGCUUUUUCCAUCAAUUUAGUAACUAUACAUUUUCCAAUGGCAGCUAACUAUUAUGGAGGCUGGGCCAGGGAGCAGCCUGUUCUAGUGUUGGCCAGUCUGGGGAUGGGUAGAGCAUUGAGCCCAGCAUAUGGGAGUCUUUACUGAUUUUUCAGGGAAGUUAAAUUGUAUUUUAAACUCACCUGAUAAGCAAAGUCAACAAAAAAAGUUUAAUUUUAGCUCACACCAGCUCUUUUAUUUCCUCAGGAUUUUUGCUUCUCACCAUUUGUCUUUCAGUCUAAUAUUCUUCAGUGUCCUCUCAGUUAUCUCUGUCUAUCCUUUUGGAGAAGAUGAUAGCUUGAAAUCUCGAGCCUAAAAUUACCUUGCAUUGAAUGGGUGGUAGAUGCUUUAUUGUGUUGUUUUUUGUUUUUGUUUUUUUUUUAAAGUAUGCAGAAUGGAAAGGAAAAGAGAAUUGGGCUUCUGUUGUCUGUUGAAUUGAUUGCCCCUCAGAGAAGCUGGAGCCCUCUUAGUUUCUUAAACGUAGGAAGUGGGCUCCUCACGCUUUAAUUGAACAUUAUAUUCAGAUUGUCACUCGAAGCUUGGGCAGCGAUCAGAGAGAACUGCAUACUCUUUCCUGCACUUCAUUUCAAUUCCUGAAAAUUAGCCAGGGUUUGCAGUAAUUUAUUUCAAAAGAGCAAUCUUCCUGGGGUAAAAUGACACCUUUGCUAAGUAGAAGCACUUUUGCAAGAUAGUCACCAGGAAGACCUGGGGAAUCCACACUCUCUGACUGACUUAACCAUCUCUGGAUCAAGCCUUUCUGUAUUCAGUCAGGUGAUUUUAAAUCUCCCAUAGCUAAUUCUAGAUGCUCUUCAACAUUCAAUUAAACCAUCUGUUACUAAGCAUUGCAAUGUUAGCAUUUAUAUGAAGGUAGCAGAUCACAGAAGACCUGUGGAAUAGAGAUUGCUGUAUUUAUGUCUCUUCCCUCUUUUAUUUCAUUUUGUUCAGACCGAUUUCCACCUGACAUUUUUAACUAAAUUGUCUUGUAAUAUGGUGACUUAGAUUUUUUUUUUUUUUUUUUUGAACACUGGAGGUGUUUUUGGUUCUUCAUAGAUUCUGGGCCUAGUUCAGAGUUGGUGCAGCUUAAUAGAUAUACUGGUGACGCUGAUGAAGGCACAUCUUCUCAUUCUGAAUUCGAUACACAGGGCUGAAGUAUAUCACAUUAUCAGUUAAAGUGAUGAAUUCAUGGUUAACCAAGGCCAUUACCGAGGGCUGAGGAGCAACCCCACGGUUGCUUUGGGCUUUUGGAUGCUGAAUUUCAGCACACUCACACUGACCACCUUUCUUCUACAAAAAGGGUGAUCAGGCAGCUGUUGUUGAUCUCUAUUCAAGCAUAAAGAUGCUUGAAUAGAAUAAAGAUUCUAUUCAUCCAUAAAGAUGGACAUUUCCAAAGGUUUGUGCUCUGGAACGCAAUGAGUAGGAGGGUGUAGUACCUGCCCAUCUCCAUUUGGCUUCUUUUGAGCUAGAUCAAGUUUAGAAGGGUACCUGCUUCCUUUCCAUCAGCUUGUACAGAAUCCAACCAGUCUGUAGUCCUACGCUGGUUUCUGAGGGUGGAUUAAAGCAGUAACUUACAGGAAUGUCCUAUGACUCCCAGCUGGUAGACCUGCUUGCUUCCUGCUGUCAUGGAUGCUCCUCUCCCACCUCAAAGGAAGAUGAUCUCUUUGAUUUCAGAGCUCUUCUUCCCUUUCCAGAUUGAAAACACAGCUCCAUCCACACCCCCUGUUCUUUCCUCAGUGCUAGAAUGACUGCAGCUCUGAGAAGGGUUUCAAGGUCUCCAGCUCUACCAUGUUAGCCAUAUGCAAUAGAUCUCAAGAGUUUGGUUUUGCAGGAUGCAGAAAACGCAGAAAUGCAGUGUUGACUUACAAAAUCAGGACAAGUGCUUACAGACCCUGUCCUUGAUGAAGCAUCUCGCAGAUUCGUGUCCUAGAAGAAAUAGCCUGAUCCACAUUUACAGAGGUAUUCAAAUGUCUGAUGGGAUGUACAAAGUUUCUCAGUAAAAGAUUCAUAAUGCCCAAUAAGAUUUUUCACCUUGGCUAAACAGCUGAUCUGCCUUAAACUGGAAUGUUGCCAUUCCUUGGCUUUAACUUGCAAGCUUUUGCAGCCCAUAGAUGUGGACUGAAGCAAACACCAUCUCAGCUCUCCAAAGGCCAGCCAGACAUCGAGUUGCCAUAAUCAAUUGCUGAUUGCCUGUGCCCUGAUCAUGUCGGGGCACAAAAUUGAUUUUGAUGGAGCUGCAGUGUAACUGCAGUGCUUUUUAGAAGCUCAGUACCGUCACGGUAUUUCAAAUGAUUUUUGGUUUUCUGCUGCACAGUGUCUGGAACAAUAAUGCAGCUCAUACUGUUCCUCCUAUUUCAAAAUUCAAGUGCCAAAAGGGAAGAACGUGCUGCAACUGAACACCAUUAAAACCAGCUUUAUUACUUGUGGAUAAUUAUGGUCUCAAGGGCUCCAUUUUGGUGCUAGAAUAUGCCAUGCUGUAUUUUCCAUUGCUUGGAAUUACAAAGUUGAUUCCUCUCUUCAGGAAAUAUUUUCUGUAAUCAAAAACAUCUUAAAUAUUAGGAUUGUAGGAUUGUGUUUAUUUCUUGUUCUUUAAUUCAGAUACACUCAACAAAUGAAUUCCCCUCCCUGCAGUCAUGUGAGUUUUUGAGAAAUUUUGUAAGGUAUAUAUGUAUAUGUAUAUUUAAAAACUCUUUACAAAUUGCAGUGCAUGCCUAUUUUUUCCCUUGAAAAUAUUUUCUCAUAUCAGCUGGCCUAUGAUUAAGGGAAUUUGUUACUCAGGAUUUAAUCCAGAAGUGACCGAGGUUAGAAGUGUCCUCACACGUGUGGGCUUUGGGACAGGGUCUCCAUCAAAUUCUUUCACUUAGAAGUCAAAAAGUGUGCAGUGAAUUAAUACAAAAUUUAAAAUCCACCCUCCUCCAGCAGGCAGAUAUCCUGCUGAAAUCUGCCAGACUUAAUGAGAAGAGGGCUCAUGUCUUUAGGUACUCAUGAACUCCAAAUGAAAGGAGCAGAAACAUUUAAUGUUCUCAUUUAUUAUUUGGUACGAUACUCCAGCAACAAGUGCAAAUUAUCUGAUGUCUGCAUUUAGAAUAUGAGUCAGUCAUCAAAGAAUGAGAGUUUUACAGCCCAGUAGUCCUUUAAAUGUCAUCUGUCCUGGAGGAGAAGAAUAAUUUUACAAUGAUUUGGUGCCGUGCACUGGAAUUCUCUUGCAGAAGACAGAUGAACUGCACAAAAACAUAUUGGGUCAUCAUUUUAACUAUGCCCUUUUAAUUGCUUUAGUCUUUCAUGGGAAAAAGGUUUUCAUGUUGCUGGUUUAAAACUCCCACUUUUGUAAUGGCUCAUGGCACAGCAUACUAGCAGAAUGCAUUUGCGUCUGUUGUCACGUUAUGUGUGAGUGUGGAGGUGUUUGUGGACAAGCAGAUACUUCAGAUAGGACAAGGAGAUCUCCCUUCCUUGUACCUUGUUUUAAUAGUGUCCUCUGUGGAACAUGGAGGGCACGUGCUCCCCAGAACACAUCAUGGGGGGAAAUGUUUCCAGCAAUGCUGUUGUUGCAUGGCCAUGUUGCCCAAGUAGCCUAAUGCAGCAAGAUAAUUGCAGCCUACCAACAGAUAUUCCUGACCUUGAUAUCUACCUAAGGUAGAUGUAGGAGUAGGCAGGGAGGGUUUUCAGGGAAGAAGAGAGGGUUGGAGUUCUGGGUUUGAGGGUCUUCUCAUGUGAGGAAAGGGCAGCUGUGGUCUAUCAGCAUAAAUUCCUCAAGACAUCUCUGUCUUUCUCAUAGUAAAUAAAGAUGCUCUGAGCCCUUGCAGGGGCCAGGUGUGAGGGAGGAAAAAAGCAGGCAGUAUAUUCACAGCAGAAAGCUGGAAGUUUUCUUUCUUGUUUUGCUUAUGGAGAUGUAGGGAUUUGGCUCUGAAGGGUGGAUUGGAGGGCAGUAGAGAAGAUCCGUCUUUCUUCCUUGUACUCAGCUCCUGUACAUCUCCUGGUUUCUGGAGGCAACUUUCAGACUUCCAAGGGAAAUGUCAGGGACUGAAACUUGAGCUCUCUCCCAUAGAAAUAGGUGAUACUGCCUUAAGCUCAGGUGGUGGAUCUACAAAAUGCUGUUGCAUGUUAUGAUGUGAGAAGACAAAAAUCAGCAUUCCCAAGUCAGCAAUCUGCUUGUUGCUGCUCCAGCCUCACUGAAGUUUAUGACCAUUAUAUCUGCUUAUAAAUGCAUACAGGGAUAUAAUGUACAGGCAGGCAUUCGCUGUGAUGUGGUCCAAAAGUGGUGAAAGAUCUCAAAUGCAGGCUUUGGAAGGUUGAGUUGAGUCUUCUCUUGUGCCAGGCAAACACUCAGACCCAUCUGACACUUAGGGAACAGCAGAAAUGAGCUCAACAACCAGCAGACACAGUCCAUUCGUGGUGAUGCACGUUGGAAAUCUUUGAAUUGUUUUGCAUUCCAGUUUGUAUGGAAGAUUUGAUUCAAACAGUGUAUAUAUAAUCCCUUUGGUGUGUUACAAAUAUAUAUGUGUGUGUGUAUAUAUAUGUAUAUAUGUGUGUGU